GCGUCCAUUGCUUCGCGCCAUGUUAGCUCCUAUAAUAUAUGGAUUUACAAAAUAUAACGAUUCAUUUACGACACUUUAGAUAAGGUGUGUAGGAUUUUAAGAAUUCACUUGAAUUAAUAUUUAAGAACAUAUUUCAGGAUAACUUGUGAAGAAUCUCGUACAGACGGCACCGGUUGUGAUGACUCAUUGUUACCAGAGCAGGGGCCAUCUCGUGUACACGAAGUGACAUGUGAAACCUCAACACAACUCGAAACUCAGUAAGUGUUACAUUGAAAUGUUUCCGCUACAAAUGUUCAGAAAUUAUAAUUUUGAAAUCGAGUAGAAAUAUUCCUGCAAUUAGCAUUAGGUAUAUUUUAAUAGACAUUGAAAGCUAAUCAUUAAGUAGCUUCAAAAUCCAAAUACCAGAAGCUAAAAAGGUUUUAUCUUGAAUGCGUACUGCCUGAAAUAGCUGAUCCCAGGCAUGUCAGAAUGCUGCGAGUGGCGAUACGUCAUUGGUAAAUGCCAGGGUGGUGCGUGAUUGUACAUUUUAUUUUGUAAUUUUUUUAUGAAAAGGUAGGGUAUUACAUAAAUUUAAUGUAACUGCAUUUUGAUAUCACCUCAUACUGUGUUUAUUACUUUGCAGUGAGUACGAGUCUGGAGAAGAAACAAUUCCAGAUAGUGAUGAAUGGUUGCCACAACUAACAGUUACAACAGAACCCGCGGUUGUUGAAAUCACUGGUCGACGAAUAGUAAAUAUUAGUCACUUACUAAAACAACUAACAGAGCUGGCAAAACAUGGCAAUGUUUGCACUCAGGGACAAUACAAGAUUACUUCAGAAAGGAGGGUUGGCGUGAUGAGUUACUUAUAUUACGAGUGUAUAAUGUGUGAGAAAACUGUGACUGUAACAACAGAAGAAGAUACGAGAAAAGAAGAAGUCAACGACGCUUUCGUGUGGGGUGCAUUGUCAGUUGGAAUUGGCCAUUAUCAAAGUCAAGAGAUGAUGGCCAUCUUGGACGUUCCCAUCAUGGAUAAGCGAAAAUGGCAAAGACAUGAAAUUCGUAUUGAAGAGGUCUGGGAAGAAAAACUGGAGACAUACAUGCAAAAAAAUGGAACAGUAGAGAGAAAGAAGGCCUUGGAAAGAGGCCACGUAGACAACGAUGGCGUUCCGUACAUCUCUGUUUAUGUAGACGGUGCAUGGUGUAAGCGAACAUACGGACAUGCUUUCAACGCAGCAUCAGGGGUUGUAAGUAUUUUUAAGAAGUACUGCACCUAAUGUUAGCACUAAUUUGGCUCCAGGAUUUGAGUGGAUGGGAAUGUUGCCGAACACAACUCUAGAUCGUACAAUUAUUUUGUAAAUUCUUCGUUUUGAUUUAUUUCAAAAUAUUUCAUACAUACCAUUUUACAAAAUAUGUCUACGUAUUUUUUUUGAGUUAUUUUAAUUCAAGUUAUAUUUUUGGAAUCACUUUAUCCUGACAUAAAACUAGAAAAUUGUGAGCUUUUGUAGUAAUUAAAGACAUAAGCCGAAGACAAGGAGUUAAAUACAUAGACUUCAUACAAUUAACUUUAUUUGAUUUUACAUGGGUUCAGGAAUGUUUAGUAAGUAAUUUUGUGACGUGAUAUAAUUGCUUUUGAAAUUUUCUUCAAGUGGAUCAUUGGAAAUCACCUGUAGGUAUAGACAUUGCAAGUAGAAAAUUGCAGUAUAUAAAUAUGUACAGGUUAAUAAAAGUGUUUUUAUUUAACAGUCGAAACUAAACUAUCUUCUGUGCUUUAGUACGCGUGCGUGAUAAAUAUAGAGAUUCUUCAUUCAACAGUUUUCGUGUGGUAUAGUUGCAAUAUCUAAAAAUUUAUUGUAGAAUCAUUAUAGGGCUAUGUGUAAUCGAGAAGGUUUAUGUUAUUUACAACGGUGCUCAAUUACUUCAAAAUUCAUGACAAAAAGCCCAUUAGUUUUAAAAUGUAAUUAAAUAUGCAACAAACGCUUGAAAUGUAGUUACAUAUGCAACAAAAGUGUGCUAUUCACCCAUAGUGUCCAAAGCACAUAACAUGGCAUGCAUAAUCGGAGUUGAAACCAAUGGAUUGCUAUUCAUUGGAAUAAAAAAUAAAUAUUGCUACGUAUGUAAUCAGACUAAACCAGGAGAAGAAAGUAAACAACAUUUGUGUUAUAAGAACUUCUCUGGUGCUUCUACUGCGAUGGAACAGGAAAUUUUAGUGCAAGGAUUUUGUGAGAGUGAAAAUAUGCAUGGGUUACGAUAUAAAUUCAUAGUAGGAGAUGGUGAUUCAAGUACCUACGUAAAAAUUCAACAAAACGUAAGCUACGGGAGGCAUGUUGUGAAAAUGGAAUGUGCAAAUCACGCUGUAAAAAACUACACAGGAAAACUGCAUAAAAUUGCAAAGGAUACAGUUCAUCCUAUAUCGGGACGAAAGUGUCUGUCUCAAUUAAUUCCACGCCUUACACGAGCAGCGAGAUCAGCAAUUUCAAGUGCUGGUCGCAGCAACAGCAACAGUGAAAUACUUCGUGCAGAUCUCAGAAAUGGACCUCACCACGUGUUUGGGGACCACAGUAACUGUCGCGAUACUUACUGUAGCCGUAAGGAUUACAAUGAGGAAGAUAAAGUGGCCUUGCUAUUGCCAACUACUUUAUGGCCGGCUCUUCAGAUGGCACUAGAUCCAUUGGUACAAAAAGCUGAUAGAUUAGUUGGAAACUACACCACAAAUCAAGCAGAACGCUUCAUGAGCCUUGUAUCAAAGUUCUCUGGUGGUAAACGUACAGACGUAGGCAAGAAGGGACGUUACAAACGGUGUUGCUUGGCGUCAGGCUUGUCUCACGUUAAAGGGCCACAUUGGCAUGCUUCACCACUAAAAAAAAUGUUUGGUCGAAGCCCAGGAGCUAUAUGUAAAAAAGUGUUCAAUACACGAGCUAGAGCUUCAGAAAGGGGCAUAAAGAGAAAAUCAGCACGUCAGAGUUUAUUUAAAGACGAGCCUCCCAGAAAACAAAAACGUCUAUCUGCCGGAGCAGAUUGUAACUAUGGUCCUCAGGCAGCUCAACCUGACAUAGAACCAGGAGAAAUGGAGAGUAGGAAAAGAGCUGUUCUUGAUAGGCUUGAAAACGAAGCAGGUACUCCUGAACUGUGCUCCGUAUUGGAGAAAAAAACGGUGGGUCAACAUGGCAACAUCGCGUGGAGAGAAGCGAGGCUUGAUCGUCUCACUGCAUCACUUUUUAUGAAAGUGUGUAAAAUGCGUGAUGACACAUCGUGUCAUAACAACGUUGUAGCUGUUGUAAAUCCCCGGGAAAUUAACACGGAUGCUGUGAAAUAUGGAAGGAUUAAUGAGCCAACUGCCAUUAAAAUUUACGAAAGUAAGUUUGGUGACAGAGUAGCGCCAUGCGGGCUGUUUGUUGAUCCUGAGCACCCAUAUCUUGGAGCUAGCCCUGAUGGUAUUAUAAGUUCAGAUAGAAUUAUUGAAAUAAAAUGUCUUCCUUCUCUUAACCAGCUUAAACUAAAAAAUCCCUCAGUAACCACUAUCCGGGAUGCAUGUAAGAUCAAAAAGAUGGCAGUACACUUAAACAGCAAAGGCGAAAUCAUUUUGGACAAGAAAAGUUCGUAUUACUAUCAGCUGCAGGGGCAACUCAACAUUUGUAGAGUAAGGUACGCUACUCUUGUUUUGUUUUGUGAUUUCGACACAGAAUUUAUUUCUGUGGAACGAGAUGUAAAUUUUUGGUCAAACGAAAUGCUUCCGAAGCUAAAAAGGUUUUAUCUUGAAUGCGUACUGCCUGAAAUAGCUGAUCCCAGGCACAGCCGUGGUCUGAGGUGCAGAGAUCCAGAUUACAUCAGAGAAGCACAAGAAAGAAAGAAAAUUACCAAGGGAAAAAAUUCAGCAUCAACUAGAGAUUGCAAUACGACGUUGCUGCCAGGGACCGGAAAGUUACUUUUAAAAAGUAACUCAGUUACAGUUACAAAUACUCCAUUGGAAAUGUAACCCUGUUACAACUACAAGUUACACUACUGAAAAUAAACCAGUUACAGUUACAGUUCUGAGAAAAGUAACUGUAAGUUACUUUAACAGUUACUUUGUGAAAAACUAAAAAUGUGAUACGUAAUAUUGUUAUAAUUAAAAGCUAAUAAAACAUAUUGUGUUUAGUAAAGAUAUAUGUUUGUUUAAACUGAAAAUUUUUAAAUAGGUCUUAAAUUACAUUGAGUAAUUAGUUUACAGUAAAAAAUUGUUCGCAGAACCACAUAAGCACUUCACAAUAAGGUUAUUUUUAUCACUCGACCGAAAUUCGAAAAAAAAUUAGAAUAUGAAGGCCACUGCAACGAAAAUUCUGGACUGCUUUCUCGGCUUCUCGCUUCAUUAGAUUCUGUCAUUGCUUUCGUGCAUGUGCACAGGUAGGUUAAUUAAUUAAACAUCACAGCAGUAAAUCCGCAUGUCGCAAAUAUUAAAUAAAUGACAAUCAAAAUACGAGCGCAGGCUAGCCAACAGCAGUUUUACAAGUACAAGCAAUACCAUCGCAAAUAAUAUGCUUGUCGGGAUUUUCGUUCUGGGUUUGAAAAAAAUAACAAAUCGUUGUUGCUCAAUAAGAAAUACAUUUAAAAAAAUGUAACGUAAGAAGUAACGACAAUUAUCGUUACUUUAAGGCAGAAAAAUGUAAUUCAGUUACAGUUACAGUUACUGAAAACUUAAUUUAUUGCGUUACCACGAUCGUUACCAUAAAAAGUAACUGUUACAAAUAACGUCGUUACUAGUAGCGCGUUACUUCCAGUCCCUGGUUGCUGCCUUAAUGUAAUGGUGUAAGAUAUCUCCGUGCAUACUAUUAUUGAUUUGUAUGUUGUUCCAAUAAAUCUAGUGAAGGGCACUUUCACACGAUUAAACAUUGGUUGAAAUAACAUUCAAUUUGUAUAAAAGUCUUUUGUUUUCAUGUUUUCAUGCGGCGCAAAAUAAUUUUUAAAGCUUAUUUUUUCGUGCUCUUUCUGUGUCUAUUUUAUCAUAAUACAUUUUCAGGGUUAUUGGUAAUGUAUAAUUGACCAUAUUUUUAUUCAGCCUCUGAUUUGUAAUGAUUUGGGUAUUAUUAAGUUACAGUGUUGUUUCCUAGACAUGUUUAUUUUGUGGUGAAGUAUAGACAUGUGAACAUUGGUAUUUCAUUGUACGUAAACUGUUUGGUUAAAUAUUUUAGAACGAUGUUUUGUAACUCUUAAUUAUACUCAUUCAUGAACUUCAACAAACAAUUUUAAUUUUGCAAUUUUGUUUGUUAUUUGUAAAAUAAAUUGUUAAAUUUGAUGGUGUUGUAAUAUUAUAAAAGAUUGGGAACUGUUUAUUUUAGGGCGAUUAUAUUAAUAAACUUUCUUUUAAAAACACACAUGUUACAUCUCUGUAAAAAUUAAAAUAGCUUUUUGUUUAACAGUGGUUUUGGAAACCUAAUUUCAGAUUUAACUCUACAAUAAUACGUUGAAGUAUAUUUCGAAGAGUCUACCUAUUGCAGUGACCAUGGUAUGCCUUACGGUAAAUGUAUGCACAGUUUUUCGUUUCAUGGUGGCUGUAACCCAAAAUCAUAGUCAACAAAAACGUUUAUAUGUAUAUAAACUUUUAUGUUGCCUAUACAUAUAACGUCAACGGAUAAUAUAGCUGCUGUAAUUAAUACGUCGUUUAGUAUAUACAGUAUAAAAUCUAUAUUCCAAGUUAUUUUAAUUUAUUAUUUAACACUUUUGUCUAAAUUAUUUUUGAUACGACUGUUGCAGCACGAUGUUAGGGGGGAACAAUCAUUAAUCCGUUAGUAGACUUGCUAUAAAAUCAAAGUGGUUUUAACCAUUCUAAAUAUUAUGUAAAAAGUUUGGCUGACUAAAUUUUUGAUACCAAUCAUUGCUGCAAAGGGUGAAAAAUAGGGUUUAAGGGACAACAAACAUGUAUGCUCUUAGUGCGUAUAGUGUUAAAACCCUUUAUUAUUAUUUAAAACUUUCCAAAUAUUAUCUAAAACUUUCUAAAUAUCAUCCAAAAAUUGUGAUACGACAAACAAAAACUCAUUGCCAGGGGCGGAUCCAGAGAUGAGUUUUUAGGGAGGAGGAAUCGGUCUUGAGAUUUGGGGGAAGAGGAUCUUGUGUUGACUUCAAUGAAAGGUUUUUGGUAACUAAAGUAGGGUACCUCGGACACUACAGUUGCCAAGCAUUUACCAACUUCAUAUUGAAAAAUUCUUCCAAAAAAAGAAUAAAUUUGGAAAGUAAGAUCCACUCAACCAUAAAUAGAAAAAAAACCAAACAAAGUUGCCAACUUCAUAGUGAUAAAUUCCUCGAAAAAUGUAUAAAAUUCUUAUUAGUGGUACAAAAUAUCCUUCCGGUAGAUCCUUUUGCAAAUAUUUUUGUUUUGAUAUGAAUAAACAGUAUUGCAUUUUUUCUGUAAGGUUUGGCUCUUAUUUGGGGG